AGUACCAAAAAUUUAGAAAAAGACAUAAACCCUUGUUGGACUUAAGUUGAUGCUUUGUCUUGAGACCACUGCCGUGACAUCAGAAUAUUCAUUCAUAAUCCCUGCUGUCUCUCGAAACAUUUCCCUGCGGUCUGCUCUCUCUUACAACAAUUUCAGAGACAUCAGAACUGAUCUCACUUCGGAUAUUUCCAAGAUGUUUUCCUUUCGAUCUUUUCGGGAUUGGGUUCAUCAGGCAAUUAACAUCAUUCUCUCCUACACAAUUCUUUUAUGGUAUGCGAAGAUUUUCCGUCCAACUUCUUUUGUUGCAGCUUCUACCAUGAGUGAUUCCAUAAUCCCUCUUCUUCCCAAUGAAAUCACAACAGAAAUCUUGUUAAAGCUGCCCCCGAAGUCGUUGUUGAAAUUCACUUCUGUUUCAAAAUCAUGGCUUCAACUAAUAUCUAGCCCUGAUUUUGUGAAAAACCAUAUGAAAUUAACAGCUAAUGACAAAGGAUGCAGCCAUCAUAGAGUUCUAUUUCGACGCCUCAAAACAAAUUUCAAAUUUUGUAGUUUCUCUUCCUUGUUUCACAAAGAACAAACCAUUGAGCUACUUGACAUGGAUUCUCCCGUCGAAAACCCCUUUUUUUCUACUAGUGUUGUGGGAUCUGUGCAUGGAUUGAUUUGUUUGUUCACUCAGACAAGGGAAGGAUUUUUAUGGAAUCCUACAACUAGAAAGUGUAAGGAAUUACCUAAGUUACAAGUUAAAUUGACAUGGGAUACCUCUUCUUUCUAUAACUUUUAUGGUUUUGGAUAUGACGACUCUCGUGACGAUUAUAAAAUACUAGUUAUCGAUUAUUUAGGUAAAAUUUCCACUCUGAGGACUGUGGUCAACAUUUACAGUUUGAGGACUGAUUCUUGGAGAACAGUAGAUGAGCUUCAGGGCAUCUUUCUAGCAAAUUAUUUGGGUAAAUUUGUCAAUGGGAAGCUUUAUUGGGUCUCGUCUACUGGUUAUAGUAAUCACGAAGUGGGCAAUGUCAUUUCUUUUGAUUUAGCAAACGAGACAUGGGGAAAGUUGGAGCUUCCCAUUUGUGGAGAAGUCGAUUCUCAUUUCAAACUGGGAGUUGUGGGAAGUGAUCUUUCUUUGCUUUAUACUUGUCGUCUAGGUGUUACUACUUCUGAUGUGUGGAUUCUGAAGGAUUGUGGAGCUAAUGUAUCUUGGACAAAAUUGUUCACUAUCGAAUAUCCUCUAAAUGUUGUACUAUAUGUGUAUUCUCCACCCACUCACACAUUCUCUAUACAAUUUCGCGAGUCAAAUAAGGGUGAAAUUUUACUUUUGCUUCCCCAAGUUAUCAUGAUAUGUGAUGGUUCAACCAGACAACUAGAGGUUGUGGAUAAAUUUGAGAAGUGCACUGCUGUUGAAAUCUAUGUCGAAAGCCUAGUUGAUCCUGUAUUCAUAGCUGACCAGGAACCUCAUAACCACGGAACUUCACAAUCACUUAGCUGAUAACUUGUAAGAGUUUUGCUUAUUUUAGCUGGUAUGCUCUUUUUACGCUUCUUUUUUUUUGUCAGAUAUACGACAAGGCAUUGAAUAUAUUCUUUCCUGUUAAGAUGAGAGAACAUUGAAUUAUAUAUAUUCCCAUUAAUCUUAGUUUCUCGUAUAGCUUGUAGUU